AUGCCGACCAACAUCAAGUACCUCGACGAGUACGAGGACAAGCACAACUACCGCAACAUUCAGGUGCCGGACACGGCCUCGCUGGAGUUCGAGCCGCUCAAGCCCUCGCCCAGCAAGGAUGCGUACUGCAAGGUGCACCUGAUCAAGAACUCGGACCUGACCAUGGGUCUCAGCGUCUUCGUGCGCACGAGCGACACGGAUGCGCAGAUCACCCUGCCUGUGUACACGUUCAUGCUGGAGCACGUCUCUGACGGACGCAAGGUCGCUUUCGAUCUCGGCCUGAAGCCGAAGCUCGAGGACUUCUCGCCCUUCACGCAGGGCCUGAUCAAGGACAUGCCCAUCACGUGGCCGCGCGGCACGGUCCCCGAGGUCCUGAAGGACCACGGCGUGGACGCCAAGGACGUCGAGACGGUCAUUCUCUCGCACGUGCACUUCGACCACAUCGGCGACAUUGGCCAGUUCCCGACAUCGACGAAGCUCAUCGUCGGCCCGGGUACUGCGAAGGCGGCCCUGCCUGGUUACCCGACGUACAAGGACAGCUCGGUGCUAGACUCGGAUCUGCCCUUCGGUUCUGAGCGCGAAGUCGAGGAACUAGGCAAGGACACGAAGUGGGUCCGCUGCGGCUCCUUCCCCGAGGCGGUGGACUACUUUGGGGACGGCUCGCUGUACAUUCUCAACGCGUAUGGCCACAUGGUGGGCCACAUCGCUGCUCUUGUGCGCACCUCAACCGACCCGGACACGUACAUGCUCCUGGCCGGUGACUCAGCUCACGUUCGCGGUCUCUACUCCUGUUGCGCUGGGUGCAAGCACCCCUCGUUCCGCGCCGGUCUCUACCCCGCCUCGGCCGGUUUGUCGCCGCAGGAGCAGGCGCGCGGAGGUCUGCUCGCGAUCCACUACGACCUCCCCGCGGCGUACCUCAACAUGGCGCGCAUGGGACGCAUGGAGGAGGAGGACAAUGUAUGCGUUAUCCUCGCGCACGAUCUCGAGUGGAAGAAGAUCCUCGACCGCGAACAGGGAGGCGAGGAUUGGGAGUGGGUCGAGGUCGGAGACUGGAAGAAGAAGGGCAGGAAGGAGGAGGUCAAAAAGGAGUGGGUCUACAAGCCGGACACCGUCAAGGAUGCCGAUGGUGUUUGA